AUGAAAUCAAUAGUAGUGUUAAUAUUGCGCACCCAAAGCGAAUUAGAAGCUAGCCAAAGCCAACUGAACCGCACCCAACAAGAUUUAGAGCAGAAAAAUGAUAAUCAAAGAGCACUAACUAAUUCCUUAAUUAGUGGAAGUGGUGGAAUAUUAGGUUAUUUAGCAAGUAAAUUUAAACAAGCCCAAGCCACUCAAAACCAAAAUCAUUUUCGCCAAGACCCAACCAACUCUCCUUGUUCUCGUGGUGAUUGCCAAACAACCAAACAACAAAGAGAUAAUUAUCAACAACAAGUCCAAACAAUUUACCAAGAAAAAGAAAACAAAGAACACAUUAUUUGCCAAAUCAAUCAAGAAUUAAAUUUAGGUUUAGAUAAUCCUAAUUUAAACCAAAUAAUUAGCAAAAUUAAGGAAUUAAUUCAUAAGCCUCCAACUAGUUCCUUUAUGACAUCCCCUCCUUCUAACCAAACAAUUAAAAAACAACUCCAAGACGCUCAACAAACUAUUGUGAAAUUAGAACAAGAAUUAGCCGAAAAAAAUACUCCUUUCGGGGAAGAUUUAGCGGUAAUUAAACAACUAGAAUUAGAAAGUUUAGAGCAAUUAUUUAACCAAACAGUAGACAGUGCUAUUAAACAACAAAUUACCCAAGCAACUAGUUAUCAGCAAGUAGUUAGUGCCCGACAAGCCUUCAUUCAAAAACAUUUAGAGCAAAAACAAAAUGUUCAAUCUUUGCCGGUGAUUAGUCAAACGCAAAAAGAAUUAAUUCCCCAGCCAAACCAAGAAAGAAUUAUUUUAAUUGGUUUGCUGGCGUUGACGAAAAAGUUCGGCAAAAAAGCCAAGGGAAACAAAAAAUCUGUUAAAAGCACAGCCAAAACCAGUAAAACUUCCUUAAAUGGGAAAGCCUAA